AAAAAAUAUCGAUCUUUUGAAAAGACAUUGAGACUUUCAAAUGUCGUCUGCGGUUUGCACUGUAGGAUCAGUUAUCAACAAUGCCCGAAACUUGAAUCGAGAGUUCACGAUAACAGCUAGGGUUGUAGCACCGAAGAGACCAACUUUGCCUGAAUUAUCGUUGAAAGGCAUUCCUCACACUGAUCUUCAUGUCCGAGAGAUCGUUCAAAGACAGUUGUACACACGACACAGCGAUCAUAAUCUUUGCAGAAAACCCGAGUUCAAUCCUGAGUUUCUUGAAGAUGCCUAUGAUCGGUGUAGAGAUAUAUGUGCUGAAUAUGCCAAGACUUUCUAUCUAGGAACCAGACUUAUGACUGAAGAAAGACAGAAAGCAGUAUGGGCUAUAUAUGUUUGGUGCAGGAGAACAGAUGAACUCGUUGAUGGCCCUAACGCCACACACAUGAGUGCUACUGUUCUUGACAGAUGGGAAGAGAGACUUGAAGAUCUCUUUAAUGGCCGACCCUUUGACAUGCUUGAUGCUGCCCUCACAGACACCGUUCAAAAGUUCCCACUAGACAUCAAGCCGUUCAGAGAUAUGAUCGAGGGAAUGAGGAUGGACACCAAGAAAAGUCGCUAUGAAAAUUAUCAAGAACUUUACCUAUAUUGCUACUAUGUUGCUGGAACAGUUGCUCUGAUGACUGUUCCUGUCAUGGGUAUCUCUCCGGAAUCAUCAUCACAUGCAUCAAGCAUCUAUAAUUCUGCUCUCAGUCUUGGCAUCGGAAAUCAGCUCACGAAUAUCCUUAGAGAUGUAGGAGAAGAUGCAUUAAGAGGUAGAGUGUAUCUUCCUCAAGAUGAGCUAGCCCAAUAUGGGCUAUGUGAUGACGAUGUUUACUCAAGAAGAGUGACUGAUAACUGGAGAGAAUUCAUGAAAGGGCAGAUUAAUCGGGCUAGGUUUUACUUCAACCAAGCCGAAGAAGGAGCUUCCAAGCUUGACAAAGAUAGCCGAUGGCCGGUGUGGUCAUCGUUGUUGUUGUAUCGAACUAUCUUGGAUGCUAUUGAGGAGAAUGAUUAUGAUAACUUGACAAAAAGAGCUUAUGUCGGUAGGACUAAGAAACUUCUCAUGUUACCUUUAUCGUACACAAGAUCUGUAUCAAUGCCCGGCUUCGCCUUCCAUUAGAUUUUAGGGUUGUACAUUCGUGUCAAUGGGAUAUAGAUACAUGUCUUUCCAGUUAUACUGUUUGAGCAUAAACUGUAUAUUUGGUCACAAGGAUCUUAAUU